GGUAACGAGCCGCUGGGAGCCUUGAUUAAGCCUCCGCCCACCUUCUGCACUUAACAAGUCAAGCCCUCAUGCUGAGUUGCAUCACAGCUCUGCUCCCAGACGCACUCGCAAUUAAGACCAGAAUAACAUUUUCUCCGUACUGAAAUAUAAAGAAGCGAAGGCGUAAAGUUUGUAAAUGACAAUAUGUUACAAUUCAAGAGAAGCGUUGAAGCCGAAAAAUAUCAAUUACAGGAGCUCAACAACAGACUGGGACAGUACCUGUCAAGAACAAUGCAAUUGGAGCAUGACAACGCAAUCCUCAUAAAUGAAAUAAACAAGAUAAGACAAGAGAAGACCGUGGAAUGGGACAACCAAUGUAUGGCCGAAAUGCGAGACCUGAGGAGAAUGGCGGGGCAACUAUCUUUUGAAAAGUCCCGAGCCGAGACUGAACGAGAGAAGGUUUGGCAAGAGUUUCAGAUGUUACAGUUGAUGUGUUGUGAGGAGCAGGUAGUAUGCAAAGACAUAGGUGGAGAGCUAAAAGGUUGCGAGAAGCAGCUUCAUAAAGCUCAACAGACCAAUGGGGAACUUGAAGAACGUCUGUUCCAGCUUGAGAACGAGUACAAAUUCAUUGAGGAUGCACACAGACAAGAAAUGACCAAGCUCCGGAGUCAGGUGCAUUCACGACCUAUUGUUACCCAAACCUACCAUGGUCCUUCAGCGGUCUCGAUGGAAGAGAUGCAACAUUAUGCCCUUAGCCUGUCCGAAGGAUGGACUGACACCUUAGAGGUGUAUCGAAGGAAGGUCGAAGAUAUGGAGGAAUCGAUCAACGCGGACCAGACGAGGCUGGAUGAUCUCCAAAGGGAAAAGAUGCAGUAUGCCUCAGAGUUUGACAAAUUACGUAAAGAGGUUGAGAAGCAAGGUCAGAUUCAAAUACACCUGGAGGAACAGCUCAUAUACAUGCAGGAGAACUUCCACGGGGACAUCACCCAGUAUCAGGUGAUUAUUGAUCAGUUGGAGCGGGAGCGGGAAAUGUUGGCCAACACCAUGGCAGAAAAGGUCAGAGACCACCAGCAGCUACUGCAGGUCAAGAUGGAUCUGGGCAUGGAGGUGGCUUACUACAGGGCUCUUAUUGAAGGAGAUCAUCAGCAGCAUCUGCAGUCAAGAGGAAGAGUCAUAGAUAUUAAGAUGAUGCCUCCACAACAGUACAAACCAAGAGUUUUCACAUCAACCAGACAGGAUGUAAGGAAACAUCUGGAUGUGAAAUACAUGGAGCCAACCUCAAGCUUGAGAAGAUCACCUGUUCCAUCUCAGUAUGGUCGCACCAGUCCUUCCAGGGUUAUACCUAUCUCAGUCAAAGGAAGCAGCUACAACAGGAAUCAGAGUCCUACCACCAGAAGGGACAUGGUCUCAUUCACUAAAUCCCAGUCUGCAUCCUCAAGCUCUUCCUCCACUACCGUUAAACCUGUGGCCCAGAGUACGGUCAGGAAAAAUAUAGAUGCUCAGAAGAAAGUUGUGGAGGAGAGGAGUGUGAGAAUCAAAGAGGUGUCACAACACUCAGCUAAGGAUUCUCUUGACCAUUCUCGAGGCACAGCAAACACAUCCAGUCCCAUUGCCUCACCCACUGCUGACCCCAAUUCAGUAAGAAUAGUGUCACCACCAAUGAUGAGUCUUAGCAGAAACACAGAGGAGGACAGCAAAAAGAAAGCAGAGAGGCAAGUUGAAAGAGAGGUGAGAGGAGAUGCAUUUGGUCUUCAGAAUGUCGAGAUGCAUGCCAAAGAUGGCAGCAUUACAGCAACCACGACAAGUGAUAAGAUGGUCCUAGACUCUGUGUCUAUGGAGGAACUCAUUGAGAAGGUCAUGAAACCUGCUGGUUUGGAUCGAAAGGUAUGCAGCUCAUCUCCAGACUCCAAGAUCACUUACCAUGUGGAGAAAACGGAGAAGGAGGAUGGGUCAACAAAGACACAGAUUAUCCUGGAGUCCAAGGUGCAGGAGGAGCUGGAUAUGUCAGAGGACUUUGCACUGGAGGAACUUCUCAGCAAGGAAGUGAAACACGUGUCACUGGAGGAUAUCAAGGGCACUGCAACAGGAAACAUGAUUCAGAAUCUGCUCAGCCUUGGGCUGCAUGGAGGAGAGGACAUGGGAAACAAGACUGUCAAUGUGGAGAUCAUCGAGGAACCAGUGGAGGGUUACAGUGACGAGGAGUACGAGUUUGAGGAGAAGUCCACACCCAAGUUCUCCCAGCCCUCUUCAAUGUUCUUUCAGAUUGAAGAACUAGAGAAUGACCCUCAUGGCACCAUAUACCAUGAGAGUGGUGCUGAAGUAAUGAAAACCUCCAUGACAGCAGCAAACUAUGGCAGUAAUGGUGGAUCUGUGAAGGUCCAAGAAGACUUCAGAGAUAGUGAAUCUCCAUACUACAGCCACAACCAAGAGUCUCAAGAGUAUUUUGUCUCCACACCUGAUGGAAAUCUGUCAGAGCCUGAGGAGGGUGGUGGUAUAGCAUCAUAUGGACAUGGUGAACGACCCCCCAGUGGUGGACGAAUGGUGGACGACUUUUCAGAUGAAAGGUACUACCAGGAGGGGGAAGUCUCAAAGAACAGAAUGUUUGUUGAGGAAAGCGAUAGUUACAGACCUGCAUCGGACAGCCAGUACAUGAAAGAUGACCACUCCUUGGCCCAAAAUAGUUACUCAGAGUGCAUCAUUGAAGAGGAGACCAUCCGUGUCUCCCCCACAGUGCAGGAGUCAAUGCUUGGAUAUCUGAGAGAGGAAACUUUACACCCCAAAGAGCAGCUGAGGGGAGCCCUAGAGCAGCUCCAAGGAACAGUGUCAGGGAGCCUGAAAGAAGAGUUGGCUCUCCUCACAAGACGCGGCAGUGAUAGUCCUCAGAACAUAUCUGUGGACAUAAAGAAAGUACACCAGUCCUCUGACAACGGAACCACGACUAUUGUGGCAGAGCUCAAGAGCUCAACAACUCUAGAGGACUCUGGGCAGCUGGGGGAGCAGGGGGAUGAUGUAUCUGAGGAGCAGAUCAUGGCGGCUCUAUGCGCCUCCAACCUUGGAGCAGAGGGAGGAUACACCCUGGACACAAAGGAGAUGUGCUGGGUGACUAGCAGUGAGGGACAGGGAGGAGAGUCCUCAACUGAUGUCACUGAGAAGCACAUCAAGCUGAGGCAAUCAGAGAAGUCAUUCCCCUUCCAGGUGGAUGUAAAUAAUGGCCAAGGACAGGAUCCCCCACUGAAGGUCACUCAUAAGAAAAGAGUUGCCACAGUCUAUCUUGAAUCUAAUGAAGAUGAGUUCUGAUUCAAAUGAGAUAUUUUUAUUAUAAUACUCCCCAUAUUAAGUCACACACCAGUCAAUCAGUUGCAACAAACUGUAAGGUGAUGUUAUUCGAUGUGAUGCAUAAAUUGCUAUGCCUACAAUUGUGAAAAGAUUACAAAUUAUAGCCACUGCAUAUAUAUAUAAAAAGUUUUAAUAGCAUUUGUUACCCAUUUUCAAAUGUCUCUCUGCUUCUUUUUAAGAAUGUUAUAUUCAUUUCCUGCUAUAUUUUUGUACUAACCUGUACCACAGAAUAGGGCUGUCUUUUUGCCUGAGGUACUAUAACCAAAUAUGGAACAAUGCUAAUAUAUCCUCCAUUGUUAUGGUUAAUGUUGCAGUUUUAAAACAUGUUCAACAUUUACAGUAUGUAUCUAGAAAACAAACAUUAUAUCUAUUGUUUCCUGUAAUGCCAUGUUAUUUUUAACCACAUUUAAAACUAGUGGUUUGUUACUGAGGGAGUUCCUGUUGUUAAUAAGGUUGUUAAUGCUUAUUAAUUGUUAAUGCUUGUUAAUGCUAAUGAUGGCUAUAUUUGAAUGUGUUUAUGAUCGGGGACAAAAGUAUGUGUAUCAUGUCUUGUUAAAUGAAAUCUACUCACUAUUAAUCAUUUGAAUUGGAAAGAAAAAAAGAAAAAAAUCAAAUGCAAUUCUAAAUCAGAUGGGGUGUAUUCGAGUGAUUCUGAUCACCACUUAACAAAACCACUAAAUGUUUUCUACACGUUUGACAUUACUAUUAAGUUUCAAAACUUUGUACCCUCAAAAGGGUUUUAUAGUUUAUCCUUCCGGUUCCCUCACAAUGAUCUUUUAACCUGUAAAUGGCUUUAGAGGGAACAAGAAGAAAUCCAACCAUCUUGAAUUCCAAAGAGAGGUGUUUUUCUCUGCUUGUAGAGACUGGUAGCAAGACAGACAUGCUGUAAACAAGGUGGAGUGAACUUAAGGAAAGGAGAGACAGACAACUAGAGAGAGAAGCUGGAGAUAAGCAUAUGGUUCAUGUCUGAGAUAAGACCUGUACAUCUACACUGAACAAAAAUAAACACAACAUGCAACAAUUUUAAAGAUUUUACUGAGUUACAGUUCAUAUAAGGAAAUCAGUCAAUUUAAAUAAAUCUAUGGAUUUCACGUGAUACAGAUAUGCAUCUGUUGGUCACAUAUACCCUAAAAAAGGGUAGGGGCGUGGAUCAGAAAACCAGUCAGUAUCUGGUGUGACCACCAUUUGUCUCAAUCAGAGCGACACAUGUCUGUCUGGUGAGUAUGCAGUCCAUAGAAGAACUGGACCAUUUUCUGCUUCCAGAAAUUGUGUACAGAUCUUUGCGACAUGGGGCCGUGCACUAUCAUGCUGAAACCUGCUGAGGUGAUGGCGGCGGAUGAAUGGCAAGACAAUGGGCCUCAGGAUCUCGUCACUGUAUAUCUGUGCUUUCAAAUUACCAUCAAUAAAAUGCAAUUGUAUUCAUUGUCCAUAGCUUAUAUCUGCCCAAACCGUAACCCUCCUCACAACAUGGAUAUCAGCACAGUUGAUAUGGCGCGGUACAGUUGAGACUAGGAUUCAUUCAUGAUAAGCACACUUCUGCAAUGUGCCAGUGACUAUUAAAGGUGAGCAUUUGCCCACUGAAGUCAGUUACAAUGCCGAACUGCAGUCAAGUCAAGACCCUGUUGAGUACGACGAGCACACAGAUGACGUUCCCUGAGAUGAUUUCUGAUAGUUUGUGCAGAAAUUCUUCAGUUAUGCAAACCCACAGUUUCAUCAGCUGUCCGAGUGGCUGGUCCCAGACGAUCCCACAGGUGAAGAAGCUGGAUGUGAAGGUCCUGGGCAGGCGAGGUUACACGUGGUCUGCGGUUGUGAGGACAGUUUGAAGUAUUGUCAAAUUCUCUAAAACAAUGUUGCAGGCAGCUUAUUGUAGAGAAAUUAACAUUCGAUUCUCUGGCAACAGCUCUGGUGGAUAUUCCUGCAGUCAGCAUGCCAAUUGCAAGCUUCCUCUAAACUUGAGACAUUUGUGGCAUUGUGUGAUCAAACUGCACAUUUUAGAGUGGCCUUUUAAUGUCCCCAGCACAAGGUGAGCCUGUGUAAUGAUCAUGCUGUUUAAUCAGCUUCUUGAUAUGCCCCACCUGUCAGGUGGAUGGAUUGUCUUGGCAAAGGAGAAAUGCUCACUAACAGGGAUGUAAACAAAUUUGUUCACAACAUUUGAGAGGAGUAAGCUUUUUGUGAGUAUGGAACAUUUCUGGGAGCUUUAAUUUAAGCUCAUAAAAUAUAAAACACUUUACAUGCUGCAUUUCUAUUUUUGUUCAGUGUAAUUUCAGAAAACCACAGUACAUAUGAAUUCCCUUGGCUUGAGCCAUGUUGUGUUGGUGACCAGUGUCAGGAUUCACCUUGGCUUAGAGGUGAGUCAGGGAUCUAGUCAAUCAGAUCCGCUUUAGCCGACAUCCACAUAGCGGUUGUUUUGAAGGUGUCAGAAGUGGAACUGCAUUAGAGCUGUCAAAUCCACAAAUGGCUCCCGGCAUUAUACCUAAAGCGGACAUUGCCAAUUAUUUCUAUAUAGCCUACACUUUCUCAUUCUAAAAUUCUUAGCGCGAGUGGGGGUGUGGCUUCGAAACAAUGAUUGCAAGAGCAGCUGCUCACUGAUUUUACCACGCCAAUGCAGUACCACCUCCAACACCACUUCCAACACGUCCAAAACAUCCUCUUUGUGAGAGUGUCUGUUAUCGGUUAAUGCUUGAUCUGAUUGAAUCUAGACCUUACUGUACAUGCUGAUCACACUGCUUGCGUUGUGUGCUCGAGCGUUGCAAAGUAAAUGUACUCAUACAGUACCAGUCAAAGGUUUGGACACACCUACUCAUUUAAGGGUUUUUCUUUAUUUUCUUUUACUUUUUUCUACAUUGUAGAAUAAUAGUGAAUAUGUGAAAACUAUGAAAUAACACAUAUGGAAUCAUGUAGUAACCAAAAAAGUGUUAAACAAAUACAAAUAUUUUAUAUUUCAGAUUCUUCAAAUAGUCACCCUUUGCAUUGAUGCAACUUUGCACACUCUUGGCAUUCUCUCAAUCAGCUUCAUGAGGAAUGCUUUUCCAACAGUCUUGAAGGAGUUCCCUCAUAUGCUGAGCACUUGUUGGCUGCUUUUCCUUCACUUUGAAGGAAAAACUCAUCCCAAACCAUCUCAAUUGGGUUGAGGUUGGGUGAUUGUGGAGGCCUGGUCAUCUGAUGCAGCACUCCAUCAUUCUCCUUCUUGGUCAAAUAGCCCUUACACAGACUGGAGGUGUGUUGGGUCAUUGUCAUAUAAAUAAUAGUCCCACUAAGCGCAAACCAGAUGGGAUGGUGAUUCACUGCAGAAUGCUGUGGUAGCCAUGCUGGUUCAUUGUGCCUUGAAUUCUAAAUAAAUCAUAGACGGUGUCACCAGCAAAGCCCCCCCACAUCCUCACACCUCCUCCUCCAUGCUUCACAGUGGGAACCCCACAUGGGGAGAUCAUCCAUUCACAUACUCUGAGUAUCACGAAAACAUGGCGGUUGGAACCAAUUAUCUAAAAUUUGGACAGAUUUCCACUGGUAUAAUGUCCAUUGCUUGUGUUUCUUGGCCCAAGCAAGUCUUCUUAUUAUUGGUGUCCUUUAGUAGUGGUUUCUUUGCAGCAAUUCAACGACGAAGGCCAAAUUCACACAGUCUCCUCCGAACAGUUGAUGUUGAGAUGAGUCUGUUAUUUGAACUCUGUGAAGCAUUUAUUUGGGCUGCAAUUUGAGGUGCAGUUAACUCUAAUGAACUUAUCCUCUGCAGCAGAGGUAACUCUGGGUCUUCCUUUCUUGUGGUGAUCCUCAUGAGAGCCAGCUUCAACAUAGCGCUUGAUGGUUUUUGCGACUGCACUUGAAGAAACUUAAAAAGUUAUUGAAGUGUUCCAUAUUGACUGACCUUCAUGUCUUAAAGUAAUGAUGGACUGUCAUUUCUCUUUGCUUAUUUGAGCUGUUCUUGCCAUAAUAUGGACUUGGUCUUUUACCAAAUAGGGCUAUCUUCUGUAUACCCACCCUACCUUGUCACAACACAACUGACUGGCUCAAACUCAUUAAGAAGAAUACUACUACUACUACUACAACUGAAGGAGGAGAGAUUACUAGAAACUAACUAGGUUUCCUGUUUUGUCUGUGGAUUAAAUGUCAGAGUAGAGAACAACCACUUUUGUGUGACUCAAAUUGGUCAAAAUUCUACAAAGGUCCAGAAAAUAAGAACCUUGUGCAUUUCAGGUGAAAUAACAACCCAAUGUUUAUAUCCCAGGACAAAUUAGCUAGCAACAGUAAGCUAGCUAGCUAAAUGCCCAUGAGUGUUUCAUUUUUUUUUCAACCUGCCCCAAAUUAAUAUAUUUGGUUCAGAGUUCGUUUUUAUAUUUCAUCCUGCGUGUCUUGGAUCGUGUCUCGUGUGGAUGUACAAAAUCAUGAUGGCACACAUGGACGCACAUGCGUGUCCGGUCUAGACAACAUGUUUGUGUGUGCACAACUAUGGCUAUUUUAGGAACAGAGUACCAGCUUGGUAUCACUGCCUGUUUGUAUGUGUUUGCAUGUGUGUGUGUUUGUGUGUGUGUGUGACUACGUGUGCAAAAUAAAAAAUACCCCCAAUAUGGCUUCAACCCACGAGCACCUUUCUUUUUUCUCAAUAGGGUGCUUUAGAGUUCUAUGCAACAGUGCAGAAACACUGAACACAGGUCAUUCACAUUAUGCUUCCUUGGCACUGUCUUGCUAUAACAGAAUAUAAAGAGCAUGGAAUUACAAUAUCAUUGCUUUACAAAUGCUAUUGCGACUAAGCUAAAUCCAAAUUAGGUAAAGUAGAGCACUUUGGAGUUGAAAGAUUUAUAACUGAUAAUAGUUUGUUGCACUCAGAGGCAUCAUGCCCAUAGGGGGCACAGGAAGUUUAGGAGGUUGGCUUUAGCUAGCUCGCCCUUUAGCUUUAGCUAGCUCAGAUAGGUUUCCAACCUCCUAACUAGCUACUAAGAAGACAUUACAGGCUAUCAAUCAAGUUAGAGUAGCUUGCUUGUUUAACUAUCUUAACUGGCAUGCCUGCUGGCAAGGUUGGUAGACUUUAGAAAAUCAAACAAUAACUAAAUUUACAGAAUGAGACACAUUCCUUUCAAGCUUUUACCCAGAUUUUUUCAGAGAAGCAUAUUAAGUUUCGUUAAAAAAAGAAUCAGUCAGGAGGAUUACAGACAGCUCUAGGCAUAUGCUUAGAUAUGCUGAAUUAUUAUUAUUAUUAUUUUUACAUAGAAUUAAGAAUAAUGAUUAUGGCUCUUGAUGAAGCUGAAAAAAUAAAACCAUCCUCACAUACUUUGUGCCCUUUCAGAUUUUUGGGGUGCAUGAUGCCCCUGGUUGCACUUGCACUUAAGUGCCCAGAUACAUUAGGAAACAGGUGGCCUUUCACAGUGCUUACAAAUCUCUUUAGUGUGUGAAAAUAACAUAAACACUUUUUGAUCAAUACACAUAUAUUGUAGGUUAAUUUUGGGCUUAAGAACAUUGUCAAAAAGGCAAUAUUUUUGAUACAAAACAUUGUAGGUUAAAUUAAAUCUCCAAACUAGCCAAUGUGCUGUGUUGUAUUUCGUUACACUUGCAAUUACAUCUGCUAACUAUGUGCAUGUGACCAAUAUAAUUUGAUUAGAUUUAAACACACUGCGGUGCCCAAGAGCCUUUUAUGCCUCCAUUCUUUAUGUUUAAAAAGGGGUGUGCUACUCUCUUGACUGAUUGGUGUAAUUCAUUUAUUGAAAGUAAGUGCUUCAUGAAUUAGCCUACAUUGUUCUUCUUUUAUGGAAGAUGGGUGAAUUGUAAGAAUAUGUUCAACCAUUGUUUAAAUAUCAGUUCAUAUUGCAAAAACAAUUAAAUUACUACUCGAAUGUG